AUGUUUGCUGAUGACACGGUAAUAAUGAAAACAAAUGAAGACCAGCAGACUGCGACUGAGUGGCUUCAAAGGUCCAUCAACAACGUUUCUAACUGAAUGAAACGUUGAAAGAUUAAAAUUAACAGUGAAAAAUCGGUGCACGUAAAUCACACCUUGCGUAAAACCGUCUAUAAACCGGUAUUAUUAGAUCAACAGACCAUUAAACAUGAACCUAAACGUUCCGAACUAGACCUCACAAGCAAACGCCUCUUGUACGCAAUGAUAAUUAAACCAAUAUGGACUUAUGGAAUUCAACUGUGGGGUUGUGUCAACAAGUCCAAUAUUGAAAUUAUACAACGUUGCCAGAACAUCGCUCUCCAUACUAUUAUCGCAGCUUACCGGUAUGACAAAAAUUGCAUUCACCGAGAUAAGAUGAUCACCUUCGUCCAGGACGAGAUUUCCAAAUUUGCCCUCAAACAUGAGAAAAAACUGGAUCAGCACACAAAUCCAGCAGCAAUUUAA